AUGGCGUUUACAUUCGCUGCCUUCUGUUACAUGCUUUCCCUGGUCCUCUGUUCUUCUCUCAUUUUCUUCGCUAUCUGGAACAUAAUUGCAUUUGAUGAAUUACGUAAAGACCUCAGGAGCCCCAUUGACCAGUGCAAUCCUCUCCAUGCACGAGAGAGACUGAGAAAUAUUGAGCGGAUCUGCUUCUUAUUGCGGAGGCUGGUGCUUCCGGAAUAUUCCAUCCAUGGAUUGUUCUGUAUAAUGUUCCUGUGCGCACAGGAAUGGCUGACACUGGGUCUCAAUAUCCCAUUGCUCUUCUACAACCUCUGGAGAUAUUUUCACAGCCCCACGGACAGUAAUGAGUUAAUGUACGAUCCAGCGACAGUGAUGAAUGAUGAGACACUGAACUACUGCCAGAAGGAAGCUUGGUGCAAGAUGUCCUUCUACCUGAUGUCCUUUUUCUACUAUCUCUAUUGUCUACUGCAUUCG